AUGGAUUUAGAUCUCUCUUUCGAAAACAGCGAUGAUACAGAUAGUAUUCAAGCUGUUCUGCCACUUACAACGCGUGACCGAGAAUUUUUUAAUAAAUUAAACAAAUUCAUGGAUGAUGAACUAUUGAAAUUAAAUCGAAAACAUGAAAAUGACGCCUCAAAAGAAAGAUUUGCUAUAUUCAAGUUAGCAUUUGAAAAGGCAAUCAAUAAAACAACAUUAUAUCGUCGUUUAUUUCGUUCGAUCAAACAUGAAUAUGAACGUUGUAUUAAUGCACUGGAACUUGGUGCUGCGGAAGUGUCGAAUAUGCGUAAUGAAUUACAUCGCUUAGUAUUAGAACCCAAAACAUAUCUUUUGCGACAAAAAAGAUGUAUGGAGCUAGAAGACAAAUUAUCAAUUAUCGAAACGGACAAUAAACGUCUCGAAGAUGAAAUAAAUCAAAUAAAUGAUGAACAAGUCACAGAAACAUAUAGAACGGUUGAUACAACAGAGGAUGUACAAAAGACUGGUCAUAGAAGAGUACCGGGUUUAACAUUUGAACAAGAAACAGAUAUGCAAGCAUUAGAAGAAUAUUAUCAAUUUUUGAAAGAAAAACUACAUCGAUUACAACAAAAUGCCACGACGAAGUAUCAAUCAAGACAGAAAAAAAUCGAUUUACAAGUUCGGUUCACAGAGCAAGGGGGAAAAGGCGCACUCCGUGGAGUGCCGGAGUGGCCCGGAGAUUUGUUUACUCGUAAACAAAAAGAACUAGAUACUAUACGUGAAGAACGUUUUAUUCUUCGAAACCGAUUAAGACUAUAUCAUAUAGCACUGAAAACAAUUGAAUCGUAUAUGGAAAAUAAUCAAAAUGGAAUACUCGAAGAUGCGAUCAUGAAGGCACUUUUUGAAUCAUCUAGUAGUUUUAAAACCGAGAAUGAUGAUGAUGAGGGUGGAGAAUAUGAAAGUGGUGCAUACGAUAAGGAAGCUGGAAUUCUAUUAGAUUAUAUCGAAAAUUUUACGGAACUUAUUGAAAAUGGAAGUUAUAAAGAGGCAUCUUACAUAGCUGCAUGCAGUCCAAAAGGCGUAUUAAGAAAUAUGGAAACGUUACUUAGAUUUAAAAAUAUUGUAAAACCAGACGAUGAGGACAUAACACCUUGGCUAUUCCAUUGUAAAGUGCUGGCUGAUACGGCACUAGAAGCAUUAUUCAAACCCGAUAUUGUUAUAUCAUUAGAAUGUGCUAAAGCUGCUCUAGACGAAAAGCAUGUAGAUAUGUUAUAUCGAUGGUGCGCUGAAAACAGAUUGACUUAUUCAUAUGAAUUAGGAAAAUUAAUUGAACAAAUGGCCGCUCCACCUACAUCAAUUGAAUUAGCCGAAUUUGUAUACAGAAAAGUUAAUGCACAUUUCGAAGUGGCUUGUUGUCUAUUACAAACAGGUUCAUCAAAACGUUGUAUUGAUUAUCUUGAAGAUGUUGGUGAAUCGUCGAAUGAGCAAAUAUUAAAAUUAUUUAACUUGUAUCCAUCUGUUAAAUUUGCUGUCGAUAUGAUGAACAUGAAAUCGAAUAUGUUCAAUGCUGAAGAACUUGUUUUACUAUUCAUUCAGACAGAUAAACACUGGAAUGCUAUUAAAUUUUUACAAGCACUUAUUGAACAACAGAAGCACAUAAUUCAAACUGAAACGAAUAAGGAAAAUCAUACGAAAAACGAAGAAUAUUUGGUGAAAUUAAAAAAAUCAUUUGAAAUGCUAAAAAAGUGGUCAUAUUUGGCCGAUGAUAAUGAAUCAAAAUCGAAUGAAAUUGGAGAAGAUAAGAAAGAGAUGGAAAGUCAAACACAAACUCAAAUUCCUCUCAAACAUAGUCUAUCACAGUCGUCAUCAUUUGAUGAUGCUUGCUUCGAAGAUGAUGACGAUAAUGAAUACGAAUUUCUGAAUGAUGAAGAAUACGAUUCAAUUCAGACGACACUAAAUGAAAAAGAAUUUGCACAUCAUUUGACACGGCGAAUAACAAAAUCAGCAUUAGCCCAUUUCAAGAAACGUGUUCUAAUAACCAAUGCCACAUUACUCGAAGCUAUUGAAGAACAUGAUGAAGACGCAACUACAUUAUCGACACCAAGGGGAUCGUGUAAGCUACAACGUCAAACUGAUCCAAAUGGCGUUAACGGAAUGAAAACACAACGCACCGAAGAAGAAGCAUACUUUUCAGAAAACGAGUACGACGAACACAAUAGUAACAAUUCACUACAAACAAUUCAUAAUGAUUUUUUUAAUGAUUUUCCAGGUUUAUACUUGACAGAUGAUGUACUUCAUACAGAUUCAAAUUAA